UACUUAGAAGGAAUCAUGUUCGCUCAAGAAAAUUUCAAGCCUCAACCUGAUGACAUUUUUCUCUGCAGCGCCAUGAAAACAGGUACCACUUGGCUUAAGGCUCUCGCUUUCGCAACCGUAACAAGAACCCUAAAUUCUUCAAACCCUUUACUCUGUAAAAAUCCUCAUGAUUGCAUUCCCUUCUUGGAGAAAGAUUACAUUAAAAAUCCAAUUAUCCAAAAUACUAAACCAAGAGUCCCACUUUGGUCCACACAUGUUCUUUAUUCUUCCUUACCAAAAUCUGUUAUAAAUUCAGAUUGUAAAAUUGUUUACAUAUGUAGGGAUCCAAAGGAUUCAUUUGUUUCGCUAUGGCACUUCACAAAUAAGCUGAGUUCUCAGUAUAAUAUCGGAAAGAUUUCUUUACAGGAAGCAUUUGAAUUGUAUUGUAAUGGAUGUUCUGUAUAUGGACCCUAUUGGGAUCACGUUUUAAGCUACUGGAAAGCGAGCCAGGAAUGGCCGAAUAGAGUUUUGUUUUUGAAAUAUGAAGAGAUGAUGAAGGACGCUAGAUUUUACUUGAAGAAGUUGGCCGACUUUAUGGGGUUUUCUUUCUCGUUGGAGGAAGAAAGGGAAGGCGCAGUCGACAAAAUUCUUGAAUUUUGCAGCUUUGAGAAUCUGAGUAAUUUGGAGGUGAACAAGAUGGGAAAGCAUCGUCCUGAUGAAAAAGGUGGAUUUGAUAACAAUAUGUACUUCCGAAAAGGUGAGAUUGGAGAUUGGAAAAAUACUUUGACAUUGGAGAUGGGAGCAAGGCUAGAUAAAAUUAUGGAAGACAAGUUAAGAGGAUCUGGUUUAAUAUUCAAUUCAAGUCUUGAUUGA